AUGCCUCUUCCAAAGUCAAAUAAAAAUGCGGGUCUCGGAAGAGCUAUCAUUCGUGAUAGGUUUAAAGGAAACACACGUCCAAGAGAUGGAGAUACUACUUUACAUACAACAAACUUAGACGACGGCCCAAGUUGGACAAAGCUACGUUCCAUCACGCAAGAACGCGAUCUCGACGAGUUUCUAACUACUGCCCAGUUGGCAGGAACUAAUUUUACUGCAGAAAAAUUGAAUAUUACUGUUGUGAAAAAUACAUAUCGUAACCCCUUUUUACUUGACGCUGAGAAAGAACGGGAGACACUUAAAAGACAUGCGGAAAAUAAAGAUAAAUUAACUAUUCCACGACGACCUAAAUGGGAUAAGACAACCACCACCGAACAACUAGAGCGCAACGAGAAAGAUGCUUUUCUAAAAUGGCGACGCGAAUUAGCCUAUUUGCAAGAACAAGAAGAAUUCCUCCUAACACCAUUCGAGAAAAAUCUCGAAGUCUGGCGACAACUCUGGCGCGUCAUCGAACGUUCACAAUUGGUCGUUCAGAUUGUGGAUGCGCGAAAUCCAUUGUUCUUUCGUUCGACGGAUUUAGAGAAAUACGUGAAGGAAGUAGAUUUAAACAAAAAAAAUAUUUUGUUAGUUAAUAAAGCGGAUUUGUUAACGGAUAAGCAAAGACAGAUUUGGGCAGAUUAUUUCGAAUCACAAAAUAUAAAAUAUAUUUUUUUCUCGGCUACUCUUGCGCAAGUUGAAAAUCUUGAGGAUGAACAAACGAAAGAAUUGGAUGAUGAAUCUAUCGAAAAAGAAUCUUUAAAGACCGAAAAUGAAAGCGAAGAUGAAGAAAGCGAGGCGAAUGUUGUCGACUCAGAGCAAAUUGUAUCUCAAGGAAUUUCGACGACUUCAAUAUUCACUACCAAGAUCCCCAUUAAUAAAGAUGAUGUUCUAGAUGUUCUACAAACUUCAUUGCCAAUUCUUGAAGAUGAAGUUUCAACCAAAGUAGAAAUAGAUAAUAGUAUGGGACGUUUAAAUAUUAAUCAAGAAAAUAUUCUCAUUGUGAACGAAAACGAUAUACCUCUUCAACCUCUAAAGGAUGAACGAAUUCAAAUUCGUACAACUUCAGAUUUAUUAUCUUUGUUGGAUGCAGAAACAAAUGAACUUGAAGGUUUCGUUCAAGGUGCUCCCCAAAAACUCACGAUUGGUCUCGUUGGUUAUCCAAAUGUCGGGAAAUCAUCAACAAUCAAUGCACUUUUGGGUCAAAAGCGCGUAUCGGUGUCAUCAACACCCGGUAAAACAAAACAUUUUCAAACAAUCCAACUGUCAUCAACGCUGACAUUAUGCGAUUGCCCGGGGCUGGUAUUCCCGAAUUUCGCCACGACUAAUGCCGAUAUGGUGUGUAAUGGCGUGUUACCAAUUGAUCAGUUGAGAGAGUUUACUGGUCCUGCGGCAUUAAUAGCUCAGCGAAUUCCACGAAAAGUUCUCGAAGCAAUCUAUGGAAUAACAAUACGUACUAAAAGUGCAGAUGAGGGAGGAGAUGGUGUUCCAACCGCUGAAGAGUUGUUGACUGCUUAUGCUGUUGCUCGAGGAUUCACAAAGGCCGGGUUUGGAGAACCUGAUGAAUCACGUGCAGCGAGAUAUAUAUUGAAAGACUAUGUAAAUGGUCGAAUUCCCUUUUGUCAUCCACCAGAUACUAUAUCAGCACGUGAAUUUAACGCAGAAUUACACGACAUUGAACGUUUUCUAAAACCAAAAAAGAAAGCAGCAGAUACUAAUAUCGAAAAAGAAUCUGACAUCUCUUCUUUAAAGACAUCAUUAUCAACAUCAGAUAAUGGUUCGAUAACCGACAUUGUAUCCAUGACUGGAGAGAAAUCCCGAGCUUUGGACAAGUCGUUCUUUAAUAAACCGUCAACUUCUGGCAGUGUGCAAAUUAAGGGUAGCAAAUUUGCCUCAUUUGGUAGCAAUAAUGAUAAUUUUCAUCGAGUAAAUAUUUAUCAGAUACAUGGAAAAAUUGCUGAUGAUGGGACAUUGGUAGAAACGAAAGAUGGGUCAUCUUCACAAUUUUCUUUGGCCCAGAAUUUACUUUUGUCGCCUGCUAUUGGGAAGAAACAUCAUAAGAAAGGCAAAAAGAAUAUUAAGAAUAGGAGGAAGAUUGGCUAUGAAUGA